AUGACUACUGCAUCAGCAACUCCAUCGGGCCUGCUCAUCACAUCAGCAGCCAAUUAUUUGAAUUCUCACUUAUACAUUAUCGAUAAAUCAACACCAGAUAUAACUGGGCAUUCUUACAACUUCCCCAACACUGAAGACACCAUCGAGCCUUAUGAUUCCGAAGAGGAAGAUUGCCAAGAUCCGUUCGAAGAAACAGAUGUACUGGAGAGCGCAGAGAGGGAUCCUUUCCUUCCGAGUAGCGAAGAUUUAGCUGUCCAUUCUCAAGAUCCCUUUGAAAUAGGAGAAUUAGAUCCAUUUCUUGUUGGGGAUGUUGAUGUCUUUGAUGCUGCAGACAUGAAGUUGGAAAAUGAGGUAUCCGGUGAGCUUGCUCCAGAUUUAAAGGAUCCCUUCGAAGAGCAUGAUGAAUUUCUAGAUAACAAUAAGGAUGUAUUCGAAGAGAGAGAUGAGUUUUUACAAGAAGAUCAAGACAUAUUCGAGUACGAAGAAGAUGUUUUUAAUGUUCAAGAUAUUGACCCUUUCUUAUUGGAUGCUCGUGAUGAAUUUGAAUCGAGCGAAAAAGGUAUGAGAGGUGUAAUAUCAGUUGAUACUGUUAAAAAGUUGUGGAGAGAAAUUAUUAUUCUUGUGUGUGUUUUGAUUUUUGUGGGACAAUUUUUCAGAGUUAUUUAA